UCUACUGCCACGCGGAGCCCUCCGGCCGGCCGUCUUUCCUGCGGAAGUCCCGCCGCGGGCCCGCAGCCGGCUUCCCGCAUGGCCGCGGCGGGGCCCGGGGAGGCCGGGCAGGGCGGCGGGAGCCCCGCGGAGCCCCCCGAGCUCUUUUGCUACGGGCCGGAGGAGCUGGUGCUGCGCGGGGUGGAGUGGCCGAGAAGCGGCGCGGGGGCGGCCCUGGGCAGCCCCGCCGGGUCGCGCUUCGACCGGGCGCUGCGGGAAGGCUGGGAGGAGCGGCUGCGGCGGGGGCUGUUCCGCUACCGCCUGGGCCAGCUGCAGACGCGGGUCCUGCCGGGCAGGCUGGGGCUGGUGGCGCAGCUGAACGUGCAGCGGGCGACCGAGAGGAGGCGGCCCCAGGAGGUCCGCAGCGUCCGGCAGAGCUUCGAUCCCGGGCAGUUCAACUUCGGGCAGAUCCGGCGGGAGGAGGUCCUCUUCUGCCUGCGCCGGCGCGGCCCCGGCCUGGCCAGCUCGCCCGGGACCCUGGUGGCCAUCAACGUCAGUCCGCUGGAGCGGGGACACGUGCUGCUCAUCCCCGACCCUGCGCUCGCCCUGCCGCAGAUCCUCACCCCGGAGGCCCUGCUGGCGGGGCUGGACGCCCUGCUCCUCAGCGCCCAGCCCGGCUUCCGCCUGGGCUUCAACAGCCUGGGCGCUUUCGCCUCCGUCAACCACCUGCACCUGCACGGCUUUUACCUGGACUGGGAGCUCUCGGUGGAGUCCGCCCCCGGCGAGCCCCUCCUGCCCGAAGCGGGCCUCUACCUGCUGCGGGAAGCCCCGGCGCCCGCCUUCCUCUUCUACUGCGACGACGGGCGGCAGGUGGAGCCGCUGGCCCAUCGGAUCGGCCGGGCCACCCGCCAUCUGAGCCAGCGAGAGAUUGCCCACAACUUGUUCGCCACGCGCGGGGCUGCCCCCGAGGGCCCCCGUGGCUCCAGAGCUCGACCCGGCAUCCGGGUCAUUCUUUGGGCGCGGAAAGCCUGCUUCGGGACCAAAGAAGAAUUGGCCUUCAACGUAGCAGUUUGUGAACUGGCAGGACAUCUGCCCACCAAAACUGUCCAGGAAUACCAAGGCCUCACCGAGGCCUCAGCCCUUCACAGGAUUCAGCAAUGUCUCCUCCCAGACAGCCAGUUAGCCCAGCUUCAGCGAGAGCUUGUGGACCUCCUCCGAGAGUUGCCCUCCUCACCUCCAUGGCCUUCCUGACAAGUGGGCUGGAAGAAGCCCCCUUCAGGCCCAGGCCCCAGGGUUCCACCCCUGCCAGGAUGCCGAGCUACCCGCCGCAAUGUGGGGCUGCUCAGGAGGAAGCCAGGCUGAUGGAAGUUGGGGGUCUGUUUUAUGUUUAUGUUUUACUGUUUUACAGGCCGCCUCCCAGGGUUGUGUUAUAUAUGGCCCCCCAAAUGCUUUUUAAAAAAUCAGUUCAAAUGCAUUGGUUCUUCGUUUUGCAUUACACACUUUACCUCCAAAGAGAAUACAUAGAGUGUGUGUGUGCAUUUUUCGGUUGUAUUAAAAAUGUAUUAACGGUGUUUAAAACCACUCAUGGGUCUGUUGAAUUGGAGCAGCAUGCAAGGCCAAAUAAAUACAUAUACUUUAUUUUUAUGAGCUCCCUUCUAUUUAUAGGGAAAAGGCAAAAUUGUAUGCUGUCAAUUUAUUUAAUGAACUGAAUUUCAUUUCAACUAAUAGACUGCAAUACGAGAAGGACUGGAUCAGAAGAAAUAGAAGUUGGAAUUAACAUUACAGGAAAAAAAGCUUUGACAAUCUUAGGAUGAAAGAGGAGAGAGUAAAAAGCCAGUUGAAUAUUGAAUCUUCUGAAUCAGAAUAGAUCUGGAAGGGACCUUGGAGGUCUUCUAGUCCAACCCCCUGUUCAAGCAGAAGACCUUAUACCAUUUCAGACAAGUGACUAUCAGUACUGGCCUAAUGCAGAUACACUGAGAAAGUAUGUCUUGGAACAGUGCCAUACUUUUUCUCUCUAGGCUCAAGACAAGGGUCAUGAAAUACAGAGGCAUCAGCUAUCUGGGAGGAAGGAAGACCAUAUCAGACCCAGAACAAAUCAGCAGAGACACCAUACACAAAACUAUGUAUUGUCAAGGCCACAUUUUUUCCCCAGGCUGAGAAAGGCUGAAGGAAGAAAAAUGGAUGUUUUACAUUAUGGUGCAGAAGAAAACAAGAUCAAAUCACUCCAUGCUAUUUGCUCUACUGGAAGCACUAAUAAAAACGCUGAAGCUUAAUUUUGAAACUUAAUGUGAAGACAGUAGAGAAGUUCCUGAUGUUUGGAAAAAUCUAAGGCCAUUAAAGCCAACAGAAGACAGGGCACUCAUGAUAGAAUCUGGGUACCCUGACUUCUGUUGGCCUCCCUAUCAAGAUAGUUCCCAUUGGUUGGAAUUGACUGAUAAUAGCAUAAAAGCAUAAAAGAUGGGCAUUAUGCAAACACAACCCUUUUUUUAGACUGUUUUUCUUAGUCCAAUUACAAGAUGCUAGAUUUACAUUAAAGAUUUUGUGGCUAAAAACUUC